AUGCUAAAGCGUCACUCCUUCGUUAUCUCCAUGGACUGUACGUGCAAGACCAAUCAAUAUGGCCUCCCUCUCCUCGAUAUCGUGGGCUUCACUGCACUUAGCACCUCUGCCUUCCUUGGAUUUGCUUUCCUGCAGAAUGAGCAGCAGCCUACAUACGAGAUCGCCCUUGACUAUCUAGCAGAUGUCUACGAUGAGCUUCAGAUUCCAUAUCCUCGCACGAUUCUCACCGACAAGGAAGAUGGGUUGAUUAACGCGAUUCAUGAGGUCUUUCCUGAUACCCACACGAUUAUCUGCCUCUGGCAUAUCAACAUGAAUUUGAUGAAGAAAGCCCUACCUCUCCUCCGAGACCAAAUCGCCACUGCCCGCAGAGACGGUAUCCCGGGUCCUAAUGGAUCUAUCCCGCUUCCUGAUGGGUCAACAUUGUCAUUGACUACUAAUGCUACUAAGAAAGAGAUUGAUGAUGCGAUGAAGAAGGUGCUUGAUGAGGGAUGGAACAAGAUGCUGAAGCGCUGGAGCCGGACGGUCUGCGCAGAGACGAAGGAUACAUUCGAUACAGCAUGGGCACGAUUCCAGGAGCUCUACAAUGCCCCGAUCUUUACCGACCUCAUUGCUUAUAUCAAGACUGAGUGGAUUGACGAUUGCCCAGAGGCUUUCCUCCGCUACCACACCCGUCGCUAUCUCCAUCUUGGUGAAUGCGCGACCUCUCGUGCAGAAGGAUCCCACUGGCUACUCAAACAGGACCUCCUUGUGUCCACUAAGCAUCUUCUCUCUGUCCUAACUAACUUUGAGAUAGUAGUUAAGGACCAGUACACGAAGCAUCAGGCACAAAUCGCCCGCGAGAGAAUUCACCGACCAACGGCUAUGCCUCAUCUCUACCGACUUCUCAUCAACCGCAUCUCGGAGAAGGCAAUUUACUACACUCGUCAGAUUCAUAACCAAUAUCUCCCACCGGCAGAGAAGAAGCCUCGGAUUCCCGCCCUUUGCGACUGCAAAUCAAAGGAUACCGCGGGGUAUCCCUGUAUCCAUAUCAUUAAGAAACAUCUUGAUGAGAACCGACAGCUAUCUCCCUCUCUUUACCAUCAGCAGUGGCAUCUUUACCAGCUAGGUGAUGCUCCACCUAUUAACCCAUUGCUCCUGAUCCAGGAUCCUCGCCCUAUCCACCGUCGUGGACGCCCGCGUGGUGCGAGGAAUAACAUCCGACCCCAGGAACCAGCCACCCAGCCUGAUCCUGUAGGUAUCCAGGUUCCAUCGGCACAGAUACAAGUCCCGUCUACGCAGAUUCCUGAUGAUGAGCCCCUGACCCCUUUCGAGCGAUCUACCCAACGCGAGCCGUCGGUAUUUGAGCAUAUUAUAGCAGAGGCGACUGGCCGCAGUCGUGGAAGACGCCGUACACGUGGCAGUGGAGGCAAUACCGGAGAUACUCGUGGCCGUGGCCGUGGCCGUGGGGGCAAUGACGGAGGACCUCGUGGGCGUGGCCGAGCCCGUGGCAGCCAGGCAGCUAUAUCUGACGUAUCUGAGGCGUCUAAUGCAUCAAGCGCCUGA